GCUCAAAUAUUGACUUCGCGAUUGUGCGUGGUGUCGCAAGCGAGUCGUGCAGUAGACGGCGAUGCUCUUUUAAAAAAGCGAGUUCUUGCGAGUGAUAAGUCGAGUGUCGUCGGCCGUAGAACUGAUAAAUCGGAGUAUCCUGGGAACAGGAGGCAGAGAAAAUGCUACUGGCGGCUAUUACCGUGGUUUUCGGAUUGACCAUCGGUCUCUCCCACGCGAGCAUCCCAGCCCUCGAGUCGACAUCGAGCUCCUUCAACAAUCAUGGAGCACCACGAUUGGAUUUGGACAGUCCAGAAAGCGGAUACCACGGCCUGGUGAAGGAAAAUGAAACUCUGGUCGAGGUCACGCCACAGAUACGAGCUGUUGGUGCCAAAGUUUGCUCCUUCCGUAUCGCGAAUAAACACCAUGGGGAAGCGCCCUUCGAGAUUGUUUUGAAAGAGAAAGGAAUGGCAGAGCUGAGAGCUUUGCGACUUCUCAACUGUGAGAAACGGCGCAACUACAAGUUUGAUAUCGAAGCCGUUGGCUGCAAUGGAUCGCUAUCGGAAAACGCCACGGUGCAUAUUACCGUGGUGGACGUAAACGAGUACGCGCCACAGUUUCUACAACCGGCCUAUGUCAGCACCGUGGAUGAGGGUCGCCUAUACGAAGAAGUUGUCCGUGUUGAAGCGUCCGACAGAGAUUGCACUCCGAAAUUCGGCGACGUAUGCAAGUAUGAAAUUUUAACAGCCGACCAACCGUUCAUCAUCGACAAUGAGGGAGCCAUUCGCAAUACCGAGCCAUUGGAUUAUGAACGAUCCCAUAAUUACAUUCUGAGCGUGGUCGCGUAUGACUGCGGUAUGAAACAAUCUGCACCAGCUAUGGUCACUGUCAAAGUCAAUCGCGUCUGUGCACCCGGCUGGAGAGGAAUCCCAGAGAGGGUCGACUACGCCGCAGGUGUCGGUUCUCAACCGUUACUUCCCUCCGCCAGAUUGGAUCUUUGCGAUGCUCCUUGUAUAUUGCGUAACGUUCGAGCCACCUUGACUCUUGCAACAGACCAUAUCGGGAAAGGUUGCGAUCGCGACACAUACGGCGUUCGUAGCCAACGCAAAUUGUGCGGCGCGUCUCGUGACAGCGUAGAUCUGUUGCCGACUCCCGGGCCUACGACUUCCUGGACGGCAUCUUUGUCCCGCGACGAGGGUAGGGAAGCGGACGAAAUUUUCGAAUUCGACGGGGUCGAUUCCGCUGCCAUUGUACCCAGCGAUGUUCUCGAGCACAGCUUGGCACAAAAAUUCACGAUCGGAGUUUGGGUAAAACAUCGACCUCGUCCUAGACAAGAUCCCCACGUUAAAGAACAUAUCUUGUGCGCUGCCGAUGACCAUAAGAUGAAUAGACAUCAUUACGCUCUUUUCAUCAGAAACUGCAGACUGAUUUUGCUACUUAGACGCGACUUCUCAGAGGGUGAUCCUAAUAUCUUCCGGCCUGCCGAAUGGCGUUGGAAACUUACUCAAGUGUGCGACGACAAGUGGCAUCAUUACGCCGUGCAAGUCGACUUCCCCCACGUUACUUUGUACGUUGACGGAGAGGAAUGGCGCACAGACGAAAAGAAUCCCGAAGUGAUCGACGACUGGCCGUUGCAUCCCGCGAAGGGCGUUAAUACGACUCUCGUCGUCGGUGCAUGCUGGCAAGGAUCCGACAAUAAAACGAAACAUCAUUUCCGCGGCUAUCUGGCUGGACUGUCAGUCCUAGUUGGGCGAAACGAAAAGCCGGAUGUGCUAUCUUGCUUGCGUCGUUGCCAAGAAGGUAUUCACGUGCCAUCGAUGGAUUUGCUACAACCAGGAACCCAAUUGCUCACCAAUUCUGACUUAACUGAGGUACGAAUCGACGGAGAUAAUCGCACGAACGUCGAAACUCUUCUCCGUCGUAUCGGUUAUUCUAACUCGAGACGAUUCCCGACUCCGGGCCGACGUAAUUUCCGUUUAGAGACAACGAUCGUGUGCGAAGGUAGCGAGAACAAUCCGCUUCCGGUACCAACUGUUCAAUCGUAUGUAACUGUUUUGCCACCUCCCCGUCCAGGAAUUACAGUGAACGGCACCGGCUACGUAGCCAGGGAAUACGCGGAUUUCCGUCUCGGUGUUGCCGUAUUCCCGGACGCUCGAGUCACUGCCGGUUCCGCUGCCAGAUUAGAUGCAUGCGCGGUCAGCGUUUACCCGAGUCUUAAUCCCGACCAUGAAAGCUUAGGGUUGCCGGGUGAUGCUCUCCGUAGAUACCGUUCUAUCUCCGCGCGCGUAGAUCGCGAUGGUGUCGUUCUUUCAGGCGCUGACACGCCCUACAAUUAUCAGCAAUUGAUACGCCUCAUAAUGUACACGAAUCGUAAGCCAGCUUAUUAUCUCGAUCGCGUGUUCAAAUUGACCUGCUCCGAGCUUAGCGGCCGUUUUGCCAGCAACGAAUACGUGCAGACUCUCGCGGUUAUUCACCCGAAAGAAAAGACCACCGUCCUUCCUCACUCCACUCCCGACGAACCACCGAUAGCUAGAAUUCUAGAGCCAGCUCCCGGUCACGUUCAACUGUCCCCUCAUCACGCGGAUUUGCCCGAGGAAUACGCGACAGCUGCCCUCCGCGAGGGUAACAGAAGCAUCGGCACUGCUAGCGGCAGCCACGCAGUUACGAUCGUGGCCGCUGCCUGUAUCUGUUUCUUGCUUCUGAUGGCGGUGGUCGGAGCUGCAAGGGUCAGAGGUGCCGCGAAGAGGCGACCGUCCGCCGGGGAUGAGUUGGCUGCAGAGACCGAAAUGGCUUGGGACGAUUCCGCGCUCGCUAUUACCGUUAAUCCAAUGGAGAGGCUCACAGAGCACGAUCCCCAUCAUCAAAGCCAGAGAGACGAGGACGUUGACGAUUCGGGUAGCUCAGACUCGGAGGACGGCUCGUACAGAGACGAUGAUUUAGACAGCUCCGAUUGCGAGAACGACUGCGAACUGAGCAACGGCCGACAUCGCCGUCACACCUCGCCUCAUGAAUUGGAAUGGGAUCAUCGUGGUUUUUAAAUUACUAUCCUUCUGCAUUCACCAUCCCCCUUCUUCGUAUGGUGAUUAAGUGGAGUACUAACUCAUAUUGUUUCUCUCUCAUAAAUGUAUAUCUCCCGUUCCAAACGAUCGUUAUUGUUUCUUUUCUUAUGACGCUUCGUAACGCGUACGCAUUGUAUGCCGCUCUAUAUCCUAUUCUAAUAUCCAUCGAGUUAAAUGCGUCUUUUAAAGAUCAUCUCGAUAUUUUCGGUAAUCGAUCCGAUAUUCCUAUAUAUAAAUGCGAAAGCGUCGUAUUAUAUCCGUCCCCAUAGAUGAUGAGCAGGACAUAUUGGUAUCAAGUAAAAUGUUAAUGCACCAACUAGUUAGUACUCUCCUUAAAAGCCAGCAAAAUUUGUAAGAGAGUGCGGGACGCUUUAUCGAAUAGUUGAAACUCUUUCUAUCUACAACACGCCACUGAUGUUAAUAGAUAAAAGAUACAUAUGGAGGAUACUUAAUUUUACCGAUGGAGCUUACCAAGGUAAGACGAUAAUUUCCAAGGUAUAAUUGGAAACAAUUAAUUUAUAUUUUACACUCAUUACCGCUAAUUAUUAUUACUAAAUAUUAUUAUUGCAGCAACUACGUAUUAUUAUUACUAUUAUUAUUUUCUUUAUCAGUAAUGGAAGGACGAGGGAAUUUCUUUUAUACUCUUAAUAUUAUCAUCUUCUCCUCCUUUUAUUCUAUUUUAUUCUAUUCUACUGUUUGUUACGAAUUUUUACUAACGCUGACUGUAUUCGCUAUUAUGUUCGAUUAGAAUUUCCUUUUGUACGCAGGACAGCCCGAUAACGCAACCUUAUCUAAUUGAACGUAUUCGUCCUUGUUUUCUAAGGUUUUUAACACGAUAUUUGAUCUCAUAAAUACAGACGUGUGUAUAUUUUGUCUCGUAACGAUAACGUCUUUCAUGUUCGAUUAUUAGGUGUUCAAAAUAGUGAAUUAAUCUGUUAUGUUAAUAAUUCGACGAAUGGUAAAAGUGUAUUUUUAACCGGUAACGCAUGAAGUCGGGCUGAGCCUAGGCCAUCGUAUGAUACUUGCCCAAUUUUCCAUUUUAUUUGUUAAGUAAAAAAAAUCUCUAAUAUAAUUUGCACAACGUUCCUUCCUAAUCAAUCUAAAAAGAAAAACUCUUAGCUCUUAGUAAGGACAUUGCCGCGCAUCUUUAUGAUAGUGCUUCACCAUUAAGUACGGUAUUAUAUCAUAUCCGUAUACAUGUGUGCGCAUGCAUAUAGAUUUGUAUAUGCAAGUUCAUCGCGUAUACAGAUUAUGAGGUACAUGUAAUAUGUGCACGGAAGAAAAGAAAUGUGUACUUACGUAUACAUACAGCGUCCGAUCAUUAUUCUGUGGUGAGGAACUCGGUUCGUCUAAACGGGGGGAGUAACCGCGGAGAAUAAUGCGCAGCGAUUCGACUAAUGAAAAGGGAAUAGUUUGUUAUUUCUUUAAAUAAUUAUCGUGUGCAAUCGUUUCAUAGGGAAACUGAUUUUUAUGUGCCUUUACGCGAACUAAUGUGUUGAAUUCUACUCUAUAUUUUAAUAGCGAACAGUUCAACUGAUUUCCUAUCAGUAUAUCUCGCAUGUUAGGCGUGCCGUUCGAGGACUUCUCGCAUAGCAACUACUCCGCUGUUGUUGAUAUUUUAAAACAUUAACUGUUAUAGUGGCGUAGCUGAUAAGAAACAGACGCGUAGACAAAGUAUUUUACAUUCGUUGACGACGCGGUUCGGGCAUCGUUUACCGAAAAUGAAAAGUGGACAGUGGUCCUUGGCGCGUAGCUCGCUUGUCAUCGAAUGCAUGCCUCAUAUGUGCAAUGAUCCGCAGGGUAUAUUAAUUAUUGACGAAUGAUCUCAUAAGCAAACUGCGCAUCGAUACUCGCUACGAAGUAAUGAGAGGAUCUUGUAUAUGUAUCUAUGUAUUUAGAGUUAUACCGACCGAUCGAAUAUUUAGUACUGAAAGUUUGUGUACGGAUAUCUAUAUUCAUAGAAACUAUAUGAACAAUUUAUUUUUCCAACGAGCAUAUCAUAUCAUUUUUAUAAGAGAUUUGUCGGAAGUUUGAAAACUUUUCGUAAAGAGCUCCUACAUUGCAACUCGCUAUCGUGAUGUUACUUGCCAUAACCGCGACUUGUUUUCAUCGAGCUUUUUAUUUUAUCGAACGGAUUGUUUCGUUUGUUGUCAUGUCCGGGCGAAGAUACACGCGUUAUCUUUACGCAUUUCACCGUUUAAAACGAUCUGAUCAAUGGAACGAACGAGAAACGCGUCGAUUUAACGAUGAGAGAGAAAACGGCGAAAGGAAAAUAGGACACGCUGAUUAUUUCUUUAAUUGUUAUUAUUAUUUCUUUUUCUUUUCUUUUGUAAGAGCGCUCAUGUUUGCGCUCUAUUGUUUAUUCGCAAGGCCCGCAUGAGCAGGCCAAUCAUUGCGCCAAUUACGAAUUCUAAAUCUGUCGUCUGGUUCAACACUUUCGUUUCGUUGCAACCGCGAUUGAGUUAAUCUCGAAUAUACUGAUCUGACGCAUCUCACUUAUGCAUAAUGUAAUACUCGGGAGUAUGAUCCUAUUCGGGAAACAAUGAAUUCUGUUCGUUUCACGGGAUUCGACAUUCUAUACAUAUGCACGUACUCAUUGGUGAUCAUGAGAUUUUUCAUGAAACAUAAUAGGAAAAGAAAGACAGACUUGAUAAAAAAAAAGAAGUAAAUUCGAUUGACCGAUUCCUUCUUCGAUCGCACAAUACGGAACCCUUUCUUGAAUCUUUUACACGACAUAAGCAUAAAAUCUGACAGCUGCACAAAGAAUUAAAUGCUGGCUUACGAAGCAUUAGGAGCGCGCGAAUUUGAGGUCGCGGUACAUCCUGCGUCGGAAGUCCUCGGCAAGGGCAUCUGCCGACGGCUGAGGCGCAGGAAGGGAGCAUUCUUUUGUCACCCGGUCUAACGAGCCACAUUUGGAGCAAGAUAAUACCUAUGUAUAUCAGAGAGAAGACACUCUCGCCCGCUAGCGAGCCAGAAGAAGUAUUUCGCAUGGAAGAACGACACCGUUGCAACCUACAGUGAAUAGCAGAGCUGAACCGACGCUAUUUAAAACUGAAUAAAUUUUUUCAAAUCGGACCAAACCAACCGAGUUUUAUUGAGAAGUCAGGUGAACUAGAUUAAUGAAUAACGUGCGAAAACAAUUUCGAAGACCUGUAGCUCGUCUCAACUUUUUCACUCGGACUUUUAAUGAAAAUUAAGUUAAUUUAUACACUUUUAAGAUUUACAUCAGUUAAAUAGAAGCAUGGGACAUUUUAUUGAAAUCGGUCGACGCCGAAGUAAACGACAGGCAUCAAAAAGUGUGCGUUUUGUGCCAGAGUUGUGAAAAUUGCAAUUUUCACCAUUUUUGCCUGAUCGUAGCUUAUGGAUUAAAGGACGCUGGUUCGGUUUUACUCUUCACUGUAACUUUAGGUGUAUAUCGCCUGCUCUAAAGAUGUACUUAAUUAUAUUAAUUGUAUGGAGAGAGAGAGAGAGAAAGAAAGUGCGCGAAAGAGAGAGAGAGAGAGAAAAGGGAAAAAGGAAAAUAAGAAGAAACUAUGCAAAACAAAACCAACUAGAUGAUACUAUUAUAUAAUAUAUAUUAUUAUACAUAAAAAUAUAUCUAAGCUGUUUGCAAAUGAUUUAAGAGACGAGGAAAUAAAAGAGAAAAGAAGGAUUACAGAAAAAAAUGGUAUGAAUUUGUAAUGUACUAUUGUAUUUUGUAGGCAGCUAGCGUACGUAUACAUAUGCACAUGUAUCCGUGUAUGUAUGUUUACGUAUAAUAAAUAUACAUACUCUUCGACAUUUACACGUACCGUUCGCCUAAAUAGUCUGCAGAAUAUUUUCAAUUUUACAUCGGUCCAAGCUGCGACAAUCUAGGAGCAAUUAUUCGCGAUCCAUUAAAAGAGUCAAUUGACGUUGAAGACCGCCAAUCUUACUUCUCGAAUGAAACGCUUGGUUCCGAAUUUGUUAGAGCACUUGGGCGCACGGCAAGUUACAUAUACAUAAGUACUACGCUCUCGCCUCUAAUUCGUACGUUUACCCUCGAUAAGGCAAAAGAGAAGGAAGGAAGAAGAGGAAGAAGAAGAAGAGAAAAGAGAAAAGAGAAACGGUAACGGAAAUUAUGCGCAUAGGUACGUGUUUGUCACGUAAAAUGAACUACAGCGUUCAAUAAUAUGCGGAAAAGGAGAAAAAAUAAAGGGACAUGAAAUUCCAAUACUACGAUGAUGUUGUAAUGAAUUAAAUAAUUAACAAUAUUGACUAUAUAGCUAGGCCGUGAACAGGACGUUGCGGACCGACUAAAUUCCCUCCCGUCGCAGAUUGAUUGUGUGUUAACUAAUAAGAUUAAGUAACGAUAUAGUACCGUUAAGGAAUUUAAUUAUUAAUACUGAAUACUAUAUCUGUACGCUAAGCACAGUUUCAGAGUCGUAAGGUGACGCGAAGCAUAAGCCAAGGAUUAUUAACACGAGUCUUUUAAUUUAAAAAAAAAGAAGAAAUGAAGUGGAAGAAAAAUCACGCGACACACUGACAAUUAUUUAAAUAUUUGGGGCGUCUGCACGCGGCGCACAGAAACGUCAAAUUACCUUGUUAAUUCUGCAACUGAGAAAAUCGUUCGACAAGAGAAAAAUUAUUAGCAAUAGUAUUGUACACGAGGGAUACAUUGAACACGAAUCAUGCGUACAUACUUAACAUGUUCACGUACACGGACACACGAUUACACGCGCGGCCGCAUAUACACGCUGCACAGGCUAGGAAAAGUGAAAUACUAUCUAUAACGACAUAUUAUAAAUAAUAUUAAGACGUCAACUGUAUUUGUUUAAUAAAGAUGUACAUUCGAAAAGUGAAGAGACUAGCUUCACAGCCGAGAGGACGCAUUAGAAUUCAGUUCACGCGUGUAUCUGCUUUAGAAUUGAAUACAAUUUUUAUUUCCUGUAUUCUUUACGUGCACGAUAUAUAAUUGUCAGUGUUGGGAUAUCAAUAAUAAAAUAUACUUCCCGAUUAUUAAAAUUAAAAAAUUGCUGAAGUGAUGAGCGUAGGAUAAAUGUCGCGAUUAUUAAACUUUAUUCUAAUUGCGAAAUAAAUAUUUUAAUCAAUUAAAAUUGUAUGAAAAAUUAAUUUUUUUGAUAUCCAAUACUGGUAAUUGUUAUAUUUGAUAGUGAGUUUUUAUUGCACCAUCGUAGAUUGGAAAAGUAGAAAAGCUUUCGAUGUAAAGUUAUACAUGUUGCAAGAAUAUUGACUAAGAAUAUAAUAAUUAAAGUUUGUGUAUAAAAAAAUUUA